CAAAAAAAAUGUGAAUUCCUCGUGGCUGGCAGCUUGCUCUUUCUCCUCCUCCGAGAGGCGGUUCCCGCGGCGACUCCAGGCGACCCUCCUUCCCGGCCGGGGGCUGAGCUUGCGGGCGGGCGGCGCCUGCUCCUCGGCCGGCCUCUCUCUCCAUGGAUCCUCCGCCGCAUCUGCGCGAGUUCCAGGCGCUGGUGGAUCGCGCGGGCGGGCGCGCGCGGCUGCUGCUGGUGGGCGAGGCGCGCGAGGGCGAGCCUGCGCCGCGGGCGCUGCUGGAGACCUUCGCCCGGGACCUCUUCGCCGAGCCGGAGCCCGAGCCGCGCAAGGAGCCGGAGGCGCAGCCCGAUCCUCCCGCCGGAGGGGCGCGCAAGGUCCGCGUGCGCCUGGGCGGCCGGGGCUCGGCGGCGCGCUCCUCGUGCGCGCUGCUCUUCGUGCUCUUCCGCCAGGCGUCGCUUGCGCCUCUGUCUCCGCUGCGCGCUCGCCGGGAGCGACUCCGCCUGCGCGAGAUCCUCCGCGACGUGCGCGGCCGGCUGUCCUCGGCGGCGCGCCCCGGGGUGGUGGGCGUGGUGGUGCUGGGCGGCGGCGAGGCCGAGGGCGCCCGGCUGCAGCUCGACGCCUUGCUCCGCCAGGUCUUCCGGAGGAGGCGCCCGGCGGAGCACGACACCCUGCAAGCCGCAUCCUACAGCCCCGGAGCCGGACAGGGCGCCGCCGAAGCCCGCGCCGCCGCCUGCCGGGCGCUGAGAGCCGCCCUGAAGCUCCGAGCAGACGUGGCGGAAGCCAAGAAGCAGAGGAUCCCUGCCUUCCUGCAGUGCAUCCCUUGGUCUCGGAGGAGUCGGCGGAAGGAAGGGCGUUCGGACGCAGCAUCCAGCAGCUCCAGUGAAGAUGCCCUGCAAGACCCAGAAGAAGGUGUAUCUUUGACCAACAUGGAGCCCAACGGGAACUGUGAAGAGGCCUGUGGAGUCGCGGCCACUUAAGAAGUCCGGGAGGAACCUUCUCUUUGCUGCUAUAUCGGACUGAAGGAGUUGCCCUUUAUUUGCCUUGUAGGAAAAGCAUCAAGGGCUCAUUUUUGGGGGGGGGAGCAUCUGUUAGCUCUUUUAAAGGAGCUACUUCGCCUUCGUUUGUUCCCAAGAAACUUCGCAGCAGAAGCCCAGAAGCAGCUCUGCUUAAUCUCAGCCAAGUGAAGAAGGGUGACCUCUUCAGCCUGAAGAAUUACGUGGGAACUACAUCAAAUCUUUGAGGUCCCCACUCAAAAGGCUGUGUCAUUUGCACGCAAAGUGGCGGGCAUUGUCCUCUAGUCAGGGAGCAUAUUGCUAUUACUGACGGUGGCUUCUCAGUUUUUUUGGUAAUUGUUUUAAUUGCCUUCUUUAGGAAAUAACUACCUUCAAAUGUGAAAUGUAUGGUGAGGAAGUAUUUAUGGGCUGAGAAUUUAUUAUGCUUGGGAGGAAAAAGAGGAACGACUCUGGUGCUGCUUUUUUUAAAAAAAAGCCAAAAACUUCUCCCUGUUUUCCAGCUUGAACUGUGCUUGCCAUCGCAAAGAGGAUCUGACCAGAUUCUAAGUGGAAUAUGUAGAAAUCUGGGCAGCUGUUGCUUGCCUCUUCUCUGUGGUUGUGAUAACAGUUGUAUUGUAUUCUGGAUCUAGUACGGUUAGAGUCCAAAGUACAUUUGCAGUAAACAGAGCCCAACGUAUAUAUUUUGCAUCUACUCUCAUCCUAGGAGAGCAUUCCUAGAAGUGUUCCUUUUGGGAUCUGUCCUCCUGUUCUCUUGUCCUGCAAUUGUCCUACAAUUCUCCCAGACCAUGGUGUUCUAGGGACUGGCCUGCAGGGGCAGGAAACAGUAGUAGAGCUUAGGCAAAAAAAACCCCCAAUAUUCACAAGAAUGUGAUGGAGCCCCCAAAACCUGUCACCCAUUAAAUGCCCGAGAAUCUUGUUUCUACUGGAAGAAAAUUGUCGCCCUCUUCUGCACAAAACAGUUCCAUUAGAAAGCUUUGCUGGACUUUCUUUUGCACGGCAAGCACUGACUAGAAAGGCCUUGUUGCUGCAGGCAACGGGUGCCUUUUCUGACAUGGGGGGUCCAGAGCUGAAAGCACAGCACAGAAGGAGAGAGGAAAUAAUCAAUUAUUUUUGGCAAUGAAGCUGCUUGAUGUGCUUUACUUGGGAUCCUGGAUAGACCAUUAUUCCAAAAGGCAGUUCUUCUCCUGGCCUAACAUUUCAAAAUUCACUGUGAACUGUUUGUACUAUAGACAUGUGGGUGGUUUUUUUAAAAUAAUCUUGUGAAUAGUCCAUAAUGUAAAAUUGCAACAGCAGCAAGACACACUAAAAUUUCAAACAGCUGCAUCCCAUCAUAUGUAAUGUGUAUGUUUCAGUAAAGGACACAGCAAGUGUGUUCCUCAGUAUUAGAACUCAGUUAAUUGAUUCUUUUAACCUGAUGGGUUCUGCAAGUUUUACAGUGCAACCCUCUGUAAGAGUUCAGUGGUCCCUGCUCUUAAGUAAGCGUGCGUUGCAGCCUAAAUAUCAAGUUUGACUGAUGUUUCUGUUUCUGUUUUGCCUUAGUUGCUAUUUUGUCUCCUUGGGUUCUCUAUAAAACUCUGAUGGGGCUGGA